UCCUGUACUCCCCUGCCCCCGCCUCCCUCCUCCUCCCCCACCUCUUCCUCCUCCUCCUCCUAGGACUGGACCGGAGAAGCCACUGUGGCCACUGGGGGGGGCCCUGCCCCCCCAGUUCUCGCCGGCCGCCCCCAGGAGUCCUCGGGGCGGCCGGGGUCCCCACCAGGCCUGGCAGGACCAGGAUGCUGCUCCCUCUCCUCCUCCCCGGCCUCACCCAACGCCCCCACCCACCCGAACACCCAAUCUGAUUGGAGACAGCCGGAUGCCGGCUGACCCUGGGCCCGAGGUGGGCAGUGGCUGGCCAGGCCUCCUCAUGUCCUGCCUGAAGGGCCCCCAUGUCAUCCUCAAGAUGGAGGCCAUGAAGAUUGUUCACCCUGAGAAGUUCCCCGAGCUGCAGGCGGCUGCCGCUUGCUUCCCACCUGCACCGAGGCCCACCCCUGCUCUGGCACCCAAACGCGCCUGGCCCUCAGACACAGAGAUCAUCGUCAACCAGGCGUGUGGGGGGGACAUGCCCGCCUUGGAUGGGGCGCCCCGCACCCCUCCGUUGCCACGACGGCCCCGAAAGGGCAGUGUGGAGCUAGGCUUCCCCCGCGUGGCGCCAGCGGACGAGGUCAUUGUGAAUCAGUAUGUGGUGCGGCCCGGCCCUGCCGCCUCGGGGCCCCCCGCCACGGCGGCACCGGCUUCAGGUGAGCCCCUGGAGUGCCCCACCUGCGGGCACACGUACAACGUCACCCAGCGGCGGCCCCGCGUGCUGUCCUGCCUGCACUCCGUGUGUGAGCAGUGCCUGCAGAUUCUCUACGAGUCCUGCCCCAAGUACAAGUUCAUCUCCUGUCCCACCUGCCGCCGGGAGACUGUGCUCUUCACGGACUACGGCCUGGCCGCACUAGCCGUCAACACGUCCAUUUUGAGCCGCCUGCCACCCGAGGCACUGACCGCCCCAUCCGGGGGCCAGUGGGGGGGCGAGCCGGAGGGCAGCUGCUACCAGACCUUCCGGCAGUACUGCGGGGCCGCGUGCACCUGCCACGUGCGGAACCCGCUGUCCGCCUGCUCCAUCAUGUAGCACCCGCCCGCUCGACGCUGCCCGCCAGUCCUUGCUCGCCGCUUCUUCAGGGAUCCGGCCCUGCCCUGUCGCCUGUUGACCCCUCACCCACCACCGCUUCCGGCCCCUCCCCGUGUGGCACUGCCGCUGCAACCAACUCUGCCAUUAAAACUCUUUGCCAAAGUU